AUGGAGUUCGUGCCGACUCCGUUUCGCAAGAGGGAUGGCGCUGGCUUGCCGCUGGUGACCCCGGUCAAGCGCGCCAACACUGCUGCCGCAAGGCCAGUCAAUGUCUCCCCCCAGGACUUCGACAAGGGCAGUGUCGCGCGCUCCCUCCAAGGGUACUCUCUGGUGGCCAUCGGCGCGCUCUCAACGGCGCAGAUCGCCGAGGUACUGAAGACGGCAGCGCGCAUGCGCGAGCUGGUCGAGAAGCAGGGUGGCGACGAGUCUCUCAAGGGCAGGGUGCUCGCGAGCGUCUUCUACGAGCCGUCCACGCGCACCAGCUGCUCGUUCCAGGCGGCCAUGCUGCGGCUCGGAGGCGCCGUCCUCGCGGUGAACGAGUCCAGCUCCUCGGUCGCCAAGGGCGAGUCGCUCGAGGAUACGGUGCGUUCUGUGGAGUGCUACGCCGACGUCGUGGUGCUCCGGCACCCCCGGGCCGGCGCGGCCGCCGAGGCCGCCGCAGCGAUGGCGAAGCCGCUGCUCAACGCCGGCGACGGCGUCGGCGAGCAUCCGUCCCAGGCGUUGCUGGACCUCGGAGGAGAAGGAGGACCUAUACACGAUCCUGGACGAGGUGCCAGGCGUCAGCGCCAGCGAGGCGGCAAAGUCCGAGGCGGCCCUGGCUGCGGCGCUGCGGGGCAGGGUCGUCACGAUGGUGGGCGACCUCAAGAAUGGGCGGACAGUGCACUCGCUGGCUAA